AUCGAAGGGACGGUUGAUAAGAAAACUCGACGAGGUGAAUAACAACAAGUUGAAAGAUAGUACCUCAUCUGAAAAUAUAAUUGUGUAUUUAAGCUUGCUGUUGAAGACUCUAAAAGAAGAUGUACGAUGAAAAUAAUUCGGAGGUUGCCAAGGCUACGGCACCAACGAUCAAACAAAAUUAUACUUUAUACUCGCUCACCAUCAUCAUCUACAGUCUACAGAGCAGCUGAACUUCUUGUAGUAAUAUAAAACUUUUUUUUCGGGUAAAAAAAAAAAUAAAAAAGAUUAAAAGAGUUUUUAAAUGGAGCCGGGUAACUACUGCCGAUUAUAUUCUGCAGAAAAAAUACCAGUUUCAAAGGCAAUUGCGUCUUGCAUUGAUGCACUGGCUAUUUAUCAGAACACUCUGGUUAAUUUUAAUCAUCAUGUUGUUAAUAAUAAUUACAACAAUAAUAGCAGAAAACAAUUGGAUCAAUUGGAAAUUUUGGAUAAGCUAAAAGAAGACAGUUUGUACGUGAGAGAAUUGCUGGAGGAACUACUCGAAGAAGUAGAAGAGUCGGGGUCUUUUAGUACUCUGAUUAAACUGAUCGAAAAUAAUACCUCGAGGGAAAAUAAUGAAAGGGAUAUCCUCGUUGAUUACGAGAAGGUGCAAGAGGCUGUCAAGAGCUUCCGAAAAACUCUUAGAGAGUUUACGAUCGCGCGGAACCGUGAAAUGGAAGCCUUGAAAGCCCAACUUAUUACUUUGAGGAUGGAAAAGGAGAAACUUGAGUUUAAAAAUGAAUUGGAGACGCAGUACGCGAGUGGCUGGGAAAAAGCGCAGUGUGAGCAAAGCUCUCUGCGAUGUAGUAUCAUUCUCAAGGGUCUUAACACUUCUCUACAGGAUUGGUUAAUCCGGGGAAAAAACGAGCGUCGAGUUGCGAGGGAGAUCGAGGCUUUUCUCAAACAAAACAUUCUUGCUAAUGAAAAUGCAGCGGAGCGCUGGCGUAAUAGAUACAAUCAAGAGAUAAAAGCGUACGAAACUAAAAAUAACAAACUGAGAAGCGACAUAAAAAUGAAACUAAAUAGAUUGGAGAUGCUGGAAGAUAAGUUUAAAAGUAGACAAGAGUUUAUCGAUGCAUAUCUUGCUGAAAAAGAAGCUAAGCGAGUGCAAAAAGAAAAGGAAGAUUACAGAAGAAAUUGUUCGAUUAAGAUCCAAUCCUGGUGGCGCGGAGUUAUGGUACGACGAAAGUUGGGGCCGUAUCGGUUGGAUGAAAAGAAGAAAAAACGAGCUACUAAAAAUAAAAAAUAAAUACUAAAAGCGUUGUAAGUUUUUGAGAAAGUAAUGACAAAGCUGCAAAACAACUUUUAAAUAUUUAGCAAGUAUUUGCAUGCGAGCUCGUAAAAAGUGAGCGAAUGCGAAUGCAGGCGAGGGCUAAUUGUUUACGAGAGGAUGUUUGAGUUAUUAGAAACAGUUGAUAGCUGUAAAAAUAUUCGAUUAACGUUUGUUUGAGUUAAAUGGUUUUUUAUUUGAGUUUUUUAUCGAUAGUUGAGUAACGAAGAGCCGAGCCCUUCAGCCAGCUCGAGUCUGGCCGGCGAUUCUGGGUCAAAUGAAGAGGGAAAAACACACACGCCGGUAUUAUGUAGUACACUAGUGGGUGUAAAUCACCACAAGGGUGAUUCUGCUUUGAACAAGAGUAGUAGAAAUACUAACACCGGGAUAUAAGGGAGAGGCAUUGCAAUUUCCUGUAUGCAACAAACUACUGCAGACUGAAUCGAACUAUCUGGAUUUCUAUAUCGAUAUAGAUGUAUACUUUUAUCUAUAUAUAUACUCAACAGAUUAAACGGCUUACAAUACCUAUAAAUGAAAAUAUUUUUUUAUUGUAUUCAAUUUAAAUCUUUUUUUAUGUUUUCAUUC